AUGUCUCGUAUCACAACGACCGAAGCCCAGAUAAAUGGCUUAGGAUCUUAUCCGACAUGGGACAUAGACGUAGAGAACUCGGCAGACAAAGUACAAGAAUUGCUGAGGAAGGUCUACUAUGAUGGUUCCCAGACUAAGUACUCAGAGAUUCGCGAACUCGAGUGGGUAGCCUAUAUUAUCUGCAAGAGAGUUGUCCAACAAUUCAACAUUGAGGACGUCGACAAGAUGGCACCCCACCAUCAAAUGUACUAUAACUAUGCUAGGAGGCAGUGUGAAUUGGGUGAAGAAGGAAAUCUACCUUGCCAGUCACCUGAAUGGAUAUUGGCAAAUAAGGGCACGGAAAAGACGGUAUUGGCCCGUGUUGCCAAAGCAAGCCUCGAAGGAGAGAUGCUACUCCGUAUUAACGACAAUAUUUUUGGCAUCCUCGAGGGCAAAGUUCAAGCAUCAGAUGUGAUAAACCUGGAAGACUUCCCAGGGAACAUAUACCGCACUGGUACCUUGUAUGAACAAGCAGUAGCUGUCCAGUGCCAAUAUAUCAAGCAUCUGUCACACAAGAGGCCACUUCGCAUUCUCGAAAUCGGUGGGGGAGCAACGAGCAUCACGCGCAGCAUCUUAACUGGACUAGGACAUGAUAUUAUGGGCCGACUAGAAAAAUACACGUAUACUGACGCGAGCGAUGCUUUAUUUCCCGAGGCCAAUAGGAAUCUUAAGGAAUGGAGCUCAAUGAUGGAAUACAAGAUCUUAGAUAUCGAGGAAGAUCCAUUGCAGCAAAGUAUAGAGGGAGAAUCGUAUGACCUUGUUAUCUCCUUCCACGUUCUACAUACGACAUCAUCUAUCACGACAGCCCUUGCGAACUGCAAGAAGUUAUUAAAACCGGGCGGGCAUCUCAUCGUCACCGAUUUGACAAACAAGAUUGCGAGACGCUCCGUCGUGUUUGGGAUUCUCCCUACUUGGUGGCUAGGUGAGGAUGAUGGGCGACACUGGGGUCCAGAGCUUUCCGAACAGGAAUGGGACCUAAGGCUCCGCUCUCUGGGCUACUUGGGCAUUGAGUGGUGCUUUCGUGACCAACAGAAUGCUGGUUAUUCCUCAUCUAUAAUGGCAUCCAGCAUUCCUUACACCACCGGGAAUAAGUUUCCAAGUAAGGUUAUAAUUAUAACACCCCCUACGGAAAACAGCCAAACGAAGUCGAUGAUCAAACGACUCUCGGAUCGACUGACAAAAGAUGGAGUAUCUGUUCAGGAGAUGACACUUCUCGACGUUAGAACAUCAGAAUUAUGCGCGACGCAAUGCAUAGUUUCCUGCGAGGUCGAGAGACCAUGUCUAAGUUCGCUUGGAAAUGAAGAGUUCGAUGCCAUUAAGCAUAUAGCGCUCCACUCCGAGGGUGUUCUUUGGUUAACUAAAGGUGGGAGCCUUGCUGACGUACGUAUACCGGAGCUUAACAUAGUUACGGGAUUGGCACAGACAAUUAGGUUCGAAGAUGCGGAGGCGAGGUUUACGAUAUUAGACCUUGACCCGGACGUUCCUUGCGGACAAUCAGAUGUAACCGACACCAUACUACAACUACUCCGCCUUCAAAGAGAGCAACGCGGCGGUGAUAAUUAUUUCGCUAAGAGAAAUGGCGCUCUUUAUGUUUCGCGAAAUUUUCCCGACGAGGGGCUAAGCAGAAUACUAGCUACGGAAGAGUUCCAAGAAACCCCUACAAGCCUGGCUGGAUUCCAACUACGCCCUGAUGCCACUUAUAUCAUUCCAGGCGGCAUGGGCGGACUCGGCCGGCCGUUGCUCAUGUGGAUGGCUAAACACGGGGCGCGCAAUUUAGUUACCACAUCUCGAUCUGGUGCUAAAGAUCCUCGAGCACAAAAGCUACUCCAAGAGCUCUCCGUCAUGGGCGUGAGGGUGAAAGUAUUCGCGGCUGACGUUGGCUGUGCUGAGCAAUGCCAAGAUGUGCUUAACGACCUAUCCAAGGAGAAAUUCCCACCUAUACGCGGAGCUAUUAUUAUGUCAUUGGCCAUCCAGCCCGGUAUGUUUGAAGACAUGGGUUUCGACGCGUGGUCAUCAACGCUGCACGCUAAAUACAAUGUCACGUAUAACAUGCAUCAUAUGCUACCUAGCGAUCUUGACUUCUUCAUAUGCGUAUCAUCGCUAGGGGGUAUUCUUGGCUUCGUACUUCACAGCCCCUAUUGUGCAGGCUGUACUUACCAGGAUGCCGUGGCAUAUUACCGCCGAGCUCAAGGGUUAAAGGCAACCAGCAUCGAUCUUGGCUGGGUACGCGAAGUGGGAUAUGUCGCUGAACGCAUGAGGGUGCCUGAAUUGUUACGUCCUGGUAUACGAACACUAACAGCGAACCAAUUAAUCGCAGUAGUAGGAGCCGCCAUGACAGACCAGGUUGGAACACAGCCAAUUCUUGGCCUCGCUAGCGGUGGGUUGAUCAAGGGUAACGGCGAUGAACAUCCGUAUUGGUUCUCAGAUGCUAGAUUUGGGCCGAUUAGUGUAUACGGCACCCAGACACAGGUCCCCCUUAGCUCACAUAACCAUGAAAACGAAAGGGCCGCUAUGAAUUCCGCAAGCACGAUAAGGGCCAUAACCAGUCUCGAUGACGUAAAAGGUAUUGUGUGCCCAGCUUUGGUCGUCAGGCUUGCGAAGAACUUGACGAUGGAUCCUCGAGAUAUCGACAGCAACCGGUCGAUCCAAGCGUACGAAGUGGAUACUUUUAUUGCAUUGGAACUGAGAAACUGGGCCCUCAGGGAGUUUCAGAGUUUGAUAUCUGUCCCUGAGAUAUUAAAAGAUGUUCCGCUCGUGGAACUGGCUGGGGUGAUCGCUUCAAAGUCUGGACUUCUACCGAAUGCCUUGCGGGAUAGCGGCUCGAUCUAA